GCCUCGCACCAGCGGCGGCACACAGCAAGAUUGGCUCGGAAGAGACGAGAGACAUAGCGGGCGUACCCGUCUGUCUUUCACAGACUCUUUGACCCUUGGAGUGCUGGUGUUCGUCUCGAGGCGAAGAGAGACAGACGUCGAGCCCUCCCAGCGCGAAUGUCGCUGCCAAAUUCUUGAACAAUCUGAAACCUCAAAGGCUGCUGCUCGGUAACCUCACGGCACGCUCAGCACUUCAUCUGUUCCUCCGCUCUCUGAGGGACUUCACGUCAAGAGCGCUGGCGCGCGGAGUGAGCUUGAGCUAGAGAGAGAGAGAGAGAGAGAGAGAGAGAGCGCAGGUGCACCCAUGAGUUCCUACGGUGGCGAAAAUAGGCUACGAUCGCCCCGCAAGGGUAGCGGCGCGAAGCGAGGGAGCGAAGAUGAAGGGGCCAUUGCGACGGCAUCAUUACAGGUCCUGUGCGCAGCUGCCACCGAGCCCCGACCAAAUCUACUUGCCACCAGCGCUGGACCAACGAUGUACGAGGCUGUCUACACCCGAGGAGGUUGGAUCUGGCGCACCUCGCACCGCUACAGCGACUGGCUUUCCCUCAAGGAGCGCCUUCGAGCGGACUUCGGCAAAAGGAAUCUUCCGGACGACGAGCUGUUCCCGCAGAAGGAGGACGUGGGUGCUAUCAUCGGGAAAGUGCUGUCUUCUUGUCAGGGGUGCCGGGAGGGCGGCAGCCGCGCAGUGGGACACAUCGAGGAGCGACGCCGCGGGCUGCAGGCCUACUUCUCACAAGUUCUAGAUGAGCAGAGAGAGCUCUGGGACUCGAGCGCCGACAUCGAGGCCUUCUUUUCCCCCGGCCCGCCCACGAGCUACAGCGCGGCUCUCUCGCGACGGAGGAGUGAGCAACUCAAGGAGGAAAAGCUCAAGGCAAAGGAGGCGUCGUCCGCCGCUUCGAUUAUGGCGUCCUCGCUCAAGUCCACCCUCGGAAGCCUGUUCGAGACGUCCCCGGCCACCACUCCGUCGGCUGCUGCUGCAGGAGCCAAGCCUUCGUUCUCCACGUACCCGUUCUCGGCCUCCUCUUCGGCGCGAUCGACGUCGGCGUCGUCCUCCAUGUUCUCGCCCAGGCUGCCAGAAGACCAGUGGUCUGCAUCGGCAUCGUCAGCGGCAGCGGGGCCGGGGGUUGGGGCCGGGGGGCGUUCCUCCGGCUCGGUGAUUAGCCGCCUCGCCGCCAUGAAGAAGCAGAUGCCGUCUCUGCGGGACUUACUGUUCGACGACGCUCCUCCUCCGCCGACUCCCGGUUCGGUCAAUGGUUCGAUCAAUGGCUCGCGGGCGUCCAGCCGGCACAACAAGAUUCCUUCUUCGACCAACAAGCCGCCCUCGGAGUCGGGAGCGACGGAUCCAGACGGGGGCAUCUCGGAGGCGGGCGGCUCCAAACACUCGAUCAUCUGUGAGUAGAAUGAACCAGCGCGUUUCCCGGCUGGCGCUUGUCUUGCCUUGCUGCGCUGCCCAGCCGACGCCUACCAGAAGUUACGCGGCUUCUAGUCACGUGAGAAUGGGGGGUGGGGGGGGGGAAGGUCACGAGCGUCUUUUGUCUGUUCGUGUCCACACCCUCGUAGCAUGAUGACCCCGAGACGGCCGGCAAGCGGGCAAGAUUUGAGUCCUCUGGUGACGAAUGAUGUGGUCGGAAAGUUCUGCUUUGUCCUUCCACGACCAUUAUACGGGAGGAUGGGUUAGCACACCCCGGGUGGCCGUAAGGCUACACGUGUCCGUUGCAGUGAUGCGUCUGGCAGGGUGGGGGGGAGAGAGACUAGCAGCGGGUGUCCCCUUGUACUUCCUUUUUUGUGAGAGGUCAAUGUCGGGAACAGCGUGGUACAUCUUUGCAUGUAAAUAUUACGCCGCUGUUCGCGAGAGCGAUCGAUCACCGCGGUACCGCGCAAGGCUCUUGUAGUUUUGGUUGAGAGAAGUCAACGCACUCAUUUGACACUAAGUACUUAAUAGAUCGGUGCCACCCAUGUGUUGUAUGCGAUCCUCGGGGGUCAAUAAAUGUGCUAUGCCUGCGUUAUUGUUUUGUUCUGCUGAGUGCUUUCAGUUUGCCUGUUUGGGCGGCUACGUCACCCUUUCACUCGUGUUCCGAAUGGAAUAUGAUUCGUUUGCUCAUGUCCUGUUUUUUUGUGUUUCGUUUUUGAUGGCGCUUGCGUCGGGUUAUGCUUCCGUGCGCCCAAAAAGUGGCGUACUGCUGUUCAUAUUCGUUCUAUGUACAUCUUCCACGACGCGCCUUCCUUAUUUUCGUCAAGGUUUGUUGCUCUUGUCUUUUAACUCGGGGCUGGGAGGCGGUUGUCAUGUACCGUGGGAGGAGGAGUGAUUAGGGUGCGAUUUGUCCGUGCGUAUGGUUGUUGUCGCAUGUGGUGACCUCCUCAGUCGUCAUUUGGUGAGGUUGCGCCUGCACUACCUAUAGCUUUUGUUGUUGGUACUGUUGGUUUCUUCAUUGUGUGUUGCCGUUCAACGAAUCUGGCUCGGUGUUAUCGAUCAAUUUGUGCACGCAUGUUCGUACAAAGAAGAGUACGCUUUAUCUCCAAGAUGUAAGAAUGCAUGAGUAUUUUAAGGUACAUAGGGCCUCUUGUUCGCGCGGCCUUGCUGGCAGUUGGCAGAGAGAGCUGCUCGCACGAUGACGGCACAAGUAAGAUUAUUACCCAAUUUCGAGGAGUGUGCGCGGGGGGGCAUGCUUAUCGAGUUGUUGGCGGCUGUUCGUGUACGGUAAAUCCACCUCUCUUCCGGAAUGCUUCCAUGCUAAAGACGCCCCGCUCCCUUUCGUUCCACGCUCUUGUUGGACGGAUCAAAAUGCAAUACAAGCACAAUCACUUUCCAGGAUCGGGGUAUUCUUGAAUUAUUUGAACUCAAGACGCCCGUUCCAACGAGGGCCGAUGCCUCCCGCUUGUGCACUUUUUUUGUGUCCGUGUCUGGGCUGUAGAUGUCUGGCUUGUUGGGGCGGGCGAGAGGGGUUGGUCAGAAGUUCAAUAAGAUGUUGAACGAGCUUUUUUGCCUCGUUGCGGUACGUGGGCUUGUAGUCCAUUUACAAGUCUUGACCGGCCUCGUCCUGUUCUUGGGAAAACUGACGUCUCCGUAUCCCGCCCGUUCUUUGACGGCAUUAGACG